AUGUCCCUCAUACAAUCUUCAUCACUACCGCAUGCAGUCGGAGGAGGCUCCAUCGCCAUCGCUGUCAAUGGUGGCCGCCACAGCCACUGUGCCAUCAAAUGGGCGGUGGAGCACCUCCUUAAGAAGAACUCCUCUUGCAUCCUUAUUCAUGUUCAGACCAAGACCAUGCAUCCCCAUGAUGUUGAUGACGUGCCUAAAGAUGGUCGUCCACCAACUAAAGAAGAAUUGCACCAAUUUUUUCUUCCCUUUCGAGGAUUUUGUGCCAGAAAAGGGAUCACAACAAAGGAAUUGGUCUUACAUGACCUUGAUGUUCCAAGUGCACUUACUAAUUACGUUGUUGUAAAUUGUGUUAGCACCGUUGUCGUUGGUGCUGCUGCUUCCCCCUGGAAUACUCUUACAAGAAUAUUUAAUAAAGAUGAUGUGGCAACUACUUUAGCAAGGUCUUUGCCAGAUACUUGCACUUUAUAUGUUAUAUCAAAAGGAAAAGUACAACAUAUCCGACCAACAGGUCAUCAUUCUCAACAUAUUAAAGUCACACCAACUAGAUCCAUAAGAGACACGGUCACUCUCUUGCAAAAUACUCCAUUAGUUCAUCCAAAUAAGAAUCUUGUUGAUGCCCCUACAGAUUCUGAAGAUACACACAGGAAACCAAUCAAAGAUGCAAAUAUUGGGCGAGAGUCCAGCAAACUUUGGGAAUCUUUACGAGAAAUAAAAGAUUUCAUGCUAAUUGAAGAUACCAAUUCACCAAGAGGUCCAGCAGAAUACAACUUAUCACAAAAUUCAUCAGCUAGAAGUUCUCCUGGAAACAGUGACAGCACAGGGCAACAUCUUGGUCCUUCUUUGCUUGACAAGUCACACGGAAACCAUGAAGUUGUAAACUCAGACAAGCCUAAGAACAUCGCUUCUUCAAAAAGCCCAGUAAACUUAGACAUAGAAAUGAAGAAACUGAAACUCGAAUUGAAAAAAACAACAGAGAAAUAUGGUAUGGCUUGCAAACAAGCUGUUUUAGCAAAACAGAAGGCAACAGAGCUUGAAAAGUGUAGGCAAGAAAAGGAACGCGAUUUAGAGGAAGCUAAGCUUGCUGAAGAUACUGCAUUGGCUUUGGUAGAGGUAGAGAGGCAAAAAACUAAAGUAGCUAUGGAAUCAGUAGAAAUGUCUCAACGCUUGGCAGAGCUGGAAACCCAAAAGAGAAAGGAUGCCGAAUUAAAAGCCAAGCAUGAGAAAGAAGAGAGGAACAAAGCAUUGCAUGAAGUUGUAUGUAAUAGUAUUCCAUAUAGAAGAUACAAAUUUGAAGAAAUUGAAGCAGCAACAAAUAAAUUCGACAAUACUUUGAAAAUUGGUGAAGGUGGAUAUGGACCUGUUUUUAGAGGAGUCAUUGAUCAUACUGUUGUUGCCAUUAAGGCUGUGAGACCAGACAUAGCCCAUGGAGAGAGGCAAUUUCAACAAGAGGUUAUUGUUUUGAGCACCAUAAGACAUCCAAGCAUGGUGCUCCUCCUAGGAGCAUGCCCAGAAUAUGGAUGCCUUGUGUACGAGUACAUGGAAAAUGGAAGCUUAGAAGAUCGUCUAUUCAUGAAAGACAACACUCCACCAAUUCCUUGGAAAACACGUUUCAAAAUUGCAUUAGAGAUUGCCACCGGCCUUCUUUUCCUUCACCAAACAAAGCCUGAACCUCUUGUGCACCGCGACUUGAAGCCUGCAAACAUCCUCUUAGACAAGAACUAUGUGAGCAAAAUCAGUGACGUGGGUUUGGCACGACUUGUUCCCCCUUCUGUAGCCGACAAAACUACACAAUAUCGCUUGACAAAUGCAGCUGGAACAUUUUGUUACAUUGACCCUGAGUAUCAACAAACGGGGUUGUUGGGUGUGAAAUCAGACGUAUAUUCAUUAGGUGUCGUGCUGCUACAAAUUAUUACAGGAAAAGCGCCAAUGGGUUUGUCACACUUGGUUGAGAAGGCUAUUAAAAAUCACACUUUCAGUGAGGUGCUUGAUCCAAGUGUCUCAGAUUGGCCUGUGGAAGAAGCUUUGUCUUUGGCUAAGUUGGCCUUGAAGUGUUGUGAGUUGAGAAAACGUGAUAGACCAAAUCUUGGUACUGUUGUUUUGCCUGAGCUGAAUAGAAUAUCAAGGAUAUGGGACUGUGAUGACACGCAUUAUCCUAGAAAUUGUUAUAUGAUUCAAGACCAUCUGGAUCCUAAUUAAUCUUUGUAUGACAUGUAAUUAAGUGUUAUUAAUUCUUUCUUGUAUAAAAGUUUCAGGUAUAUAUCGUGGGAAGAUUGGUUAAUAAUUUCUCCACAUUCAUUGUAUGCAUGGCAUUGCAGUUGUUGAAUGUUGAUCCAAUUGCUCC